AGAGAAGAAGAAGAAGAAGAAGAGGAAGAAGAAGCUGGGCCGUGAAGUCGUUCAGCUGAGGGAAUAAAUAAGAGGAGUAGUUAAGAUAAGGAGGACACACACACACACACACACAGACACAGACAGCUCAGGCAGUGUGCAGAGCGCGCACCUCUCGGGAGGAGGAGGAGGAGGAGGAGGAGGAACCAGAGAUCUUCGCUCAUUUACUUAACAUCACUGCCCCACCGCCGGGAAAGCAAACCCGCUCCUGAAGCUGCACAGGAAGAGAAGUGAGAUCGAUGAGAGUGUGUGUCUGCAGAGAGCUGUCAGCUGUCCGCACCUGGAGCCUGUCGACCGAGCUCGUGCUUCUUCUUCUUCUUCUUCUUCUUCUUCUCCUUCUCCUCCCUCUUCUUCUUCCUCUUCUUCUCCUCAGGAACUGCAAGUCAUCAGGAGUGCUCACUUUGUCACAGAUUUGCCGGGACACUUGUGAAGAGUGUGCGGAGUCCUCUGGGCAUGGAGAGACAAGCGCUCUGACUGUUAAUCGGAUUUUUUUUUUCCUUCUUUCUAAAUGAUGGACAGUUGACGGUUUGAGAGGAACCUGACUAACAGCACUGUGACGGGAUAAAGAAGAUAAAGCCCUUACCACAGCCAGGGCUUCUUAUUAUCUAUUUCAAACUCACUGAACCUGCUGCAGAUCCGCUGACCUGGACACGUGUCAUGGCUGCAUAUGGACAGACUCAGUAUAGCCCCGCCCUCCAGCCUGCAGGGCCAUACACACCUUACACUCACCAUACGCAGGGCUACAGCAUGCCAUCUUAUAACAUUAAAACAGAAGAUGGCCUGAGCCACUCUCCGGGACAGACUGGACUGCUCGGCUACUCAAACUUCGGCAGCACUCCUCCCAGUCAGAGUCUCUACAGCUACUCACACACACACGGUGGUGGUAUUUCAUCUGGAAUUUUUCAAGGCACCCAUGCAAUCUCCAGUUCAACUCCAUUUAACCCUACCCAACAAGAGUUUUCAGCAUACUCAAGCUAUAGUCAGAGUCAGUACUCCCCGUAUUAUAACACACAUCACUACAACAGUCCCUACCUAACCAGCAGCAACAUCAGCCCUGCUGCCAUCACAACUCCACUAGCUUAUCAGCAUCCGGAACACCCCGUCAUGCUGCCCAGUCACAGCCCAGAAUCACACACAGGGGAGUACCACCCGCCACCCAGCCCUCCCACUCCAGGUAAAGAUGAGGGGGUCCCGGCACGAAGGGGGUCGGAUGGCAAGCUGAGAGGGAGGAAAAGAGUCAGUGACCCUGCUCCACCUCUGGACUCUGAUAUAGAGCGUGUGUUUAUCUGGGACCUGGAUGAAACCAUCAUCAUUUUCCAUUCACUCCUCACGGGAACCUUCUCCUCGCGAUUUGGCAAGGACUCUUCAAAGGCAGUGUCCCUUGGUUUGUGGAUGGAGGAGAUGAUCUUCAACCUGGCAGACUCGAGACUCUUCUUCAAUGACUUGGAGGAAUGUGACCAGGUUCAUAUUGAUGACGUGGCUUCAGACGACAAUGGACAGGACCUAAGCACUUACAACUUUGGGUCGGACGGCUUCCAGAGCCCAGCGGGGGCUGGCUCUCUGUGCCUGGGGUCAGGGGUCCACGGAGGGGUGGACUGGAUGAGGAAACUGGCUUUCCGAUACCGUAGAGUCAAGGAGAUAUACAACACAUACAAGAAUAAUGUUGGAGGUUUGCUGGGCAGCCCCAAGCGAGAGGAGUGGUUACAACUGAGGAGAGAGAUGGAGGUCCUGACUGACCUGUGGCUGACUCAAGCACUCAAAGCCCUGGCUCUCAUCAACUCCAGGCCUAACUGUGUGAAUGUAUUGGUAACCACCACCCAGCUCAUCCCAGCCCUCUCUAAGGUGUUACUGUACGGUCUGGGCUCAGCUUUCCCUAUAGAGAACAUAUAUAGUGCCACAAAGACAGGCAAGGAGAGCUGUUUUGAGCGUGUCUCUCAGAGGUUUGGUCGGAGAGCAGUGUAUGUGGUGGUAGGAGACGGAGCUGAAGAAGAGGCCGUAGCCAAGAAGAAAAACAUGCCUUUCUGGAGGGUGUCCUGUCGGGCUGAUCUGGAGGCCCUGAGCCAUGCACUGGAGCUGGACUACCUCUAGAGGGCGCCAGCUGGCAAACUUCUGCUCUUCCAUCCAAAUCAUGAGAAGCUCCUGAACUCCUGAGUGCGGCUAAACGGUGAAGGUGCACCCUAGAGACUGAUUCAGAAUCAGUAUUGCUAUUUCAAGGUUUGGCGAAAGGCGUUGGAUCCUAAUUAGCACCGAGGCAGACAACUUCAAGCCAAAGCUAAAGGAACGGUGAGGAUUUUUACGGUGAGGCUGCAGUGUCUAAAUGACACAUCAACGUGAAGCCAAAAGUGCUGGACCAAAACAAAAGACCAAAGUAACAUAAGGGACCAAAGCUUCAUAACUAACCCCAGGGAACUAUGGAUAAUACUGCAAAUACUUUUUUAAAAGCCUUAUUCAUUUUCUUAAAUUUUAGUUCAUCUCAACUUGAUGAAAGGUGUCCCACUUUUGCACGCAACAAAAGUGAUGCACUGAAUGCUUUUACGUCCUGUUCAUUGAACCCAGUGAGUGCGUUUGCAUGAAUGAAAAGAUCAGAUUGUUAUUAAACUGGCAUGAUUGUUUGUUAGAUUGUUUGUCCUACCAUGUCUUUUUUAUUUGUUGUGACACUAAACUCGUUUUCCACUGACCAAUACUAUUUUCAAGACAAAAUUUUGAAGAAAAUAUAAUGUUACGUGGGACUGAUUUUGCCUUCAUAAUGAUUUUAGAAUUGUUUUAUUCACAUGUCGGCUAGAUAAAUGUUAGAUAAUAUUCUCCUUAUAGGUAGAGGCUAUUGAAAAUAGUCUUAUUUUGUUUUACCAUUAAAAUGUGAGCUAUUUAUUAUUGGUUAAAUUCAUCACACAAUGAGGUAUAAACAGUUUGGGACUUCACUAUAGUAAAUCUUCCCUUGAAAGACCAAAAACAUGCUUUUGUAAAAAAUGUUUUGAUAAGAAGAUGUCUUGAAGAUACUGUAUUAUAGGCUGGUGCUUGAAUCCCUACUUUUGAUUCUGGGUUGUAUAUGUUGUCCUGUUUUAACUCUUUUCUGUUCUGGUUUCCACAUAUCCUGUUUGUAAUAUAGAUGAACUGGUAUGGUUGUGCAUGUGCCGAUUACACUGCCUGUCAGCUUAGCUAUGAUUUGUAUAUAAAGCUUUAUUGUCGAUUUGUUUUGACAGACAGUUAAAAUAGAUAAAUAAAAAUAAAUUAAUUGCAGUGUGGGGAAAAGUGAGUUGAGUUUCAUUUUUUUUCCUCAGAGUUACUCAGUCCAGAGGUGUAUGAAACAAGAUGGACUGAAUGACAAAUAAAUGAUAAAUGCUC